AUGUCCCCCACACUCGGUGAUGUCGUUGCUGCAGCCGUAGCAGGCGACAAAGAAAACCACAAACGACUUCCAGAUAUUGCUGAAAAGCCUGCAGCUCCUGAAGGAGAUGCUAUUCCGGACGAUACACUCGCACAGAACAACACGGUACUCGGAGCGCUUGGAGGCAGUCAUCCCCGCUCCUGGUCCCUCCAGCACCCCGCAACUCGUGCUUCGUUCUCAAAGCCACCACGUCUUGGUGCACACCAUCCAGUCCUCGAGCCUGUCACUAGUGGAGAUGUCUCGAUUGCAACAGACCCAUUCCGCGCUGAUUUUCGACCAGCACAUUCUGAAUUCAAAGGCGCGUUUCAGUACAAUGACGACGAAGCUCUGACCCCCUCUUCUCGUAAACACAAGCGCGAGUCAUGGCUAGGAGGCCGCGAAAAGGACAAGGACAGAGAAAAGAUUCGGGAAAAUGACCAAGCCGAGCAACGAGAGGCGGCCGAGUCUGAACCCGAGCACGAGCCGCAUGAGGGCGGCCUGUGGAAGCGCUGGAUUACAGAACCCCUGGGCCUGUCCGAUGUGGACGACGAGCCACAGUCUCCUCGGGCAAAUACAACGCGGGGCUCGACUCCCCGGGUUAGCCGCCAAAAUACCGCUGAGGGACCACGUACCAACAAGACGGUCCGGACCGCCAAGUCACUCCCUCAGAUUCGUGAUGGCGGCAAGGCAAGUCGUCCUACUUCGACUUCAGGCAUGCCGAAUCCAUCAAACGCACCGAACGUACCCAAUGGAACCCCCGAUCCGCGCGCCGAGAGCCGCAGUAGGCGUGGAAGUGAAGUAGCCUCAGCGAGCAAGUGGGCCAUCCUCAAACCCAAAAUCAAGUCACAUAUCCACCAGCAGCAACUGCAACAGCAACCUAGCUCAAGCAGUGCUGCUCCUGUAUCCGUUACCGAUGAAUUGCUCAUGGGAGGACUGGGCGUUUUGCUCCUGCAAAUGUUCUUUGAGCGAGAUGAUCAGGACCGGAGACGGGUUCCCAUCCUUUUGCACCAUCUUAAGAUUCGUGUAUCUGAUUCUAUCAAUCCGCUAAAUGGCCGCCACGCUGUGUUUCGGAUCGAGUGCGAGUACGCCAAUGGUGCUGCACGCUGGGUGAUCUACAGGCAACUGCGCGAUUUCAUUAGCUUACAUGGUCACUACCGCGUUGCAAGUGUGUAUCUCAGGGGCGACCAGCCGCUAUUGCCUGAAUUUCCUAAAACCAGUCUUCCUUACUUCAAGUUCCUCAAGAAAGAGGGCCGGGAGAAGGGCGCUGGCGAAGUGCAUCGUACCGACUUUGCCAAGUUGCAGCGCGAAUCUUUAGAAAAUUAUUUAAUUGGUGUUAUUAAGGCUGUCAUGUUCCGCGCCGAUGCCAACAGCCCAAAGGGGCGGGAUUCAAGGCAAAGCCGGUAUUUACGCGUCCUGAGCUCAAACAUGAGCCGCAAGGGCGCACAUAAUGGCUUACUUGCCUGGAAACGUAAUCAUGAACCCAAAUGGUGGCUUGUGCGUGAGAGCUAUCUAGUUGCUGUGGAAGACCCAGGAGAGUUCGAGCGAAAGUUCUUCAGACGAGAGGACCCGACCAUUGCUGCGAAUCAGGGGGUGGACAAUAGCAAGAAGAAAAAGAAGAACAAGGCGAAUCUGGCGGACUUGGUGGCGAAGAACGAGCGUGAGAUGGUGCAGUGGAUUGUUUCAAUGGAACGCAUGGCUAGCCAGUCGCAUUGGACGGGCAAAAACCGAUUUGACAGUUUUGCACCAAUACGACUCAACGUGGCGGCGCAAUGGCUUGUCGAUGGACGCGAUUAUUUCUGGAACCUAUCCCGUGCUAUUUUGCUCGCAAAAGAGCGCAUAUACAUACAUGAUUGGUGGCUCUCGCCCGAGCUUUAUUUACGGCGUCCGGGCAAAGAGCAAUUCCGACUCGAUAGACUCUUGAAACGCAAAGCUGAAGAAGGCGUCAAGAUUUUUGUUAUCCUUUAUAAAGAAGUAUCAAACCGUACCACGCCUACGGAUAGCAAUUACACUAAACAGACGCUCGUUAAUCUUCACCCUAAUAUCAUGGUGCAGCGCUCGCCCUCGCAUUUUGCUACCGGCACGUUUUACUGGGCCCAUCACGAGAAACUGUGUGUGAUCGAUGAGGCUAUUGCCUUUAUGGGUGGUCUGGAUGCGUGUUUCGGACGCUGGGACACAGCACAACACGUUCUUAUUGACGACGGGGAACCCCACGGGGGCCCCGGGCACGAACAAAUUUGGAUAGGCAAAGAUUAUAGCAAUGCGCGUGUCUUGGAUUUUCAUACGUUGAAUAAGCCAGAACAAGACAUGUACGACCGGACCAAAGUUCCACGCAUGCCUUGGCACGACAUCGCCAUGCAGAUUGUAGGACAGCCUGCACGAGAUUUGUGCCGCCACUUUGUCCAACGCUGGAACUACCUGCUGCGUGUGAAGAAUCACUCGCGUAAGAUGCCGUUCUUGCUUCCACCGCCGGAUUUCAAGCCAUCGGAGCUCACGGAGCAAGGGCUCACUGGUACCUGCGAAUUGCAGAUCUGUCGGUCUGCUGGCCAGUGGUCCCUGGGGACGCAGAAUCGGAUUGAACACUCUAUCCAGAAUGCAUACCUAAAGGCCAUACAAUUAUCUGAACACUUUGUGUACAUUGAGAACCAAUUUUUCAUCACCUCCACCACUGUGAACGACGUUGCGGUUGAAAAUAAAAUCGGGGACGCGCUCGUAAACCGUAUCAUACGCGCACAUCAUGAUAAAGUCAAAUGGCGGGCAAUCAUAUUAAUUCCGCUUCUCCCUGGGUUUACUUUCCCGAUUGAUCACGGUGAGGCCAGUGCGGUACGCCUCAUUAUGGAGUGUCAGAAUCGAACAAUCUCACGUGGUCCUAAUUCAAUUUUCGCACGGUUGAGAAAGGAAGGAAUCGAUCCGGACGACUACAUCACGUUCUUCUCUCUACGUGGCUGGGGCAAAUUAGCUGAUGAUGUACUUACGACAGAGCAAGUUUACAUUCAUGCCAAGUGCAUGGUUGUCGAUGACCGAGUAGUAAUUAUCGGUUCCGCAAAUAUCAAUGACCGAUCCCAACGUGGAGAUCGGGAUUCAGAACUUGCAGCAGUGAUUCGAGACACAGAUAUGAUUGACAGUCGAAUGGCAGGCAAGCCAUUCAAGGUCGGUCGCUUUGCGCAUACACUCCGAAUUCGCCUCAUGCGAGAGCAUCUUGGGGUCGAUGUUGAUGCAAUGUACCAAGAAGACCUGAUGGCUAACCAGCCAAAGGCGCGCGAGGAUGAAAUCAAGAAGUGGGACCCAGACCACGAACAGAAAUUCCGUGAAGACGGUGUGAGCAGAGUAAAGCAAUCGUCAGCUCUCGCCAAUAUCGAGGUUAUGUCCAGGGAUACCGUUGGUCAAAUUGCAUAUGGUGCAGAGGAAAUUGGUAUGCACAAACUGGGGCGCAUCGGACAGAAACUAGGUGCAACGAGUACUGCAGAGGGCGCAGACAACAAUGCGCUACUGGAGGAACGCCAAAUGUAUUCCAGGGAUGGGAAAAAGGAACCUGGUUUUGCGGAUGCUGCCGUGCCCACGCUUGAGGAGAAGACAGUGAUGGAGCAUCGCCCCAAACAGACAGAUAAUAAGCGCGAACAGCCGCUCAAAGAUGCUCUGAAGUCUCCAGCAGCUAGAGCUACCGAGCCGAACGAAGCAACAACUCCAGAUGGAGAAAAGUUCGGGGCACCGGCGGACGCGUCGUCUACUGCAUACUCGGACGACCAGCCUCCUCAUGCUCGUUCAGGAGAUAAGGACUUUACCUCGGACGAAAAGGAAGCAGUGCAUGCCCGAAGUCUCCUACGGAAACACCUUUCAGUGAGCGUCGGUACCAAGCCCUGGACAGUACCUACACCUGCUCCUGAAAUCGAUCCCCAUGGUUUCCAAGACCCAGUUUGCGACGAGUUUUUCAAAGAUGUAUGGGUAGCUGCUGCAGUCCAUAACACCGAGAUCUACAGGAAGGUUUUCCACUGCACACCAGACGAUCUAGUGACCACGUGGAAGCAGUAUAAGGAAUUUGCACAACAUCAAGAACGUCUCUCGAAACCUCCCAAAGACUCCCAAAAUCAGCAAGAAGCCGUCGGUACUGUCCCGGGUGAAGGAGCUGGUGUAACCGAAACCCCGGGUAGCCAUGGGCAGCACCACGCUGGGGAGGGUUUAGAGCCUGGGAAGCGGCUCGACAACCUCGAUGUCCAUACUGAAGCGGAAGAUCCAACAGACCAACCUCCCUCUCCAAGGUCAUCUCCCUCCACCCGGCGCAAUGGAAAAGACACUGUGCCUCCUGGAAAGUCAACAAACCCUGUUCCUACCCAAAAUGGGGCCGACCCCCGUACUAGGCGCCCAGCCCAUCCAGACGAGCCGCUUGAACAGUGGGAAAGGGAUGAAAUGGAAGAGCUUCUCCAAGAUAUUAGAGGGCACUUGGUCGUAUUCCCUACUCGUUUCCUUGAAGGCGAAGAUGUUGCCAAUAACUUCUUGUUUAAUACAGACCGAUUGCUACCCCUCCCGAUUUAUGAUUAA